AUGUUAACUGAUUCUGCAUUUUACAUUGUCGACAUGGGACGUCAAAAACACAAAUUUAUACGAAAUUUAGAUCGGAAUGCUUUCACAAAGCAACUUAAUAAAUUAAAUGUGAAUACAGAGCGGCACAUACGCGAUAAAUAUCUUUGGAUGGGAAUAAGAAAAUUUCAUAAAAUAUGGUUAUCGAUACUGUCGAGUGGCAAGCAAGAGUGA